AAGCGCUGGCGCUUAUCCUGAAAUUUUCAAAUCAAAACCUAAAUCUUGUUGCAAAUGUUUCAAAAUCCCCAAAAUUCAAUUUCAAAUUGAAUUACAGUAGAGAGAGAAAGUGCCUGAGUGAGUGAGUGCGAAAGAAAGAGUGAAACUCACUGAUUCAAACUGACUCAGCAUGAAGAAUAAGCUGAGAAUUGGUGAGUCAACUCAUUCCACUGUCUCACUCGAGCCAACUCAUCCAAUUGCAGAACCUUCGGAUGCCAUCGGAAACGCAAGUGAAGAAGAAGGGGACGAAGAUGAAGAAGAAGUAGGAGAAGAUGAAAUACAGAAGCUUGAAGAAGAAGUUAAGAAAAUGGCGAAGAAAGUAGAAGAAUACAGAUCUACUUUGCCGAAUCAACUCAAAUCUUCUUACUCUUCUCUCCUUUCCGAACUCCGUCCUACUUUUUCUCUCCUCGACCAAAUCGACAUUGCAGAGCCUGGAACUUCCAGUGGUCCCCACUCUGGUCCAGUUUUUAGCAAUGGUAAUUCCAGUGCAGAAGUAGAAGCUAAUAAUGACGAACAACAAAACUGUGAUAAAGUUCAACUGCUUAAAGAUAAGAUUUCUAGUAAUAUAGCUGCCAUGCCCAAGGUUAUAAAGAGGAUGAAUGACUGCAUUUCUAGAAUAGACAAGCUUGUUUCAUCAGAAGUAACGAUUCAUCCUGCAUUCAAAAGGAAAAAGACAUGAUAUAGUUUUGUGUUUUGUCAAUUGGUGAUUGUUUUAGAUAGUAAAGUUGAUUUUGUACAAUUAUCUUAAGACGGUAGAGCCUAGGCAGUAGAAACUCACUGACUAAAGAUGUAACAAAAAGUGCAUCUCCACUGUAAUUUGUCUCAAGCUAGUCCGAUCUGUUAUUUAUUGUCAUCUAUUGUAAAUUGAGUUUUAAGAAAAAAAAUUUCUCCCUUUUCAAGUGUCAAUA